AAAUGGACGGCAACCGUGAUGAGUCGGAACGAUGUAUCAGAAUCGGCCGAAAAUAUAUGAAUGCAGGGGACAUGGAAAAGGCUUUGAAGUUUUUAUUGAAAGCAGAAAAGUUAUAUCCUUCGAAAAAAGCGAAAGAGUUGAUAGAGCAGUUAUCAAAUGAAUGUAAUGAUGAUGAGGAGCAGACACAGUCUACAGAAAAUGGUCCGUCAUAUCCCAGUCAUGUCCGACAGAGAAAGAACAGUGCCAACAGGAGAGGGUCAGGGGACAGUAGUGCAGACCAGCAUAACCAUGUCAAGGAUUACACACCGGAACAAGUGGAAUCUGUCAAGAGGGUGAAAAGGUGCAAAGAUUAUUAUGAAAUUUUGUGUGUGAAGAAAGAUGCCACAGAGAUAGAGCUAAAAAAAGCGUACAGAAAGUUAGCGUUACAAAUGCACCCAGAUAAAAACAAAGCCCCUGGAGCUACAGAAGCAUUCAAAGCAAUUGGAAAUGCAUUUGCUGUGUUAAGUGAUUCACAGAAACGUCAGAAAUACGACUUGUAUGGGCCUGAUGAGGACAAACCUCGGCGAAACGGCAGAGGCUAUGAUUACACACAUGGGGGAUUUGAAGCGGACAUUUCAGCAGAAGAGUUAUUCAACAUGUUCUUUGGAGGAGGUUUUCCAUCUUCAAAUUUGUAUCAACAGAGACGUUCACAUCACCCACACCAUAGUCAUCACCACCACUUCUACCAGAGAGAGACUGCAAACAACGAGGGACCUUACACCCUCUUAUUGCAGUUGUCCCCCAUCCUACUUCUCAUUGUCUUGUCUCUGUUGAGUAGUUUUUUUGUCAGUGAUCCAGUAUUUAAUAUGCACAAAAACUCAAAAUACCCAGUAGAAAGGAAAACACAUAACCUAAAGGUGCCAUACUUUGUGAAAGAAGAGUUUCAUAUCGAGUAUAAAGGCAGCUUGCGGAGAAUAGAACGACAGGUUGAAGAAGAAUAUAUAAGCAAUUUAAGAGCCAACUGUUUUCGAGAGAGAAGUUACAAAGAAAACAUGCUGUGGAGAGCAAGAAACUACGGUGAUGGACAGUUAUAUGAAAAAGCAAUGAACAUGGAGACUCCAGCGUGUGAUAGACUAGCCAGUAUAUAUGCAUAACACAGAGUAUGGUGAGAAAUGGACUGGAGUUUGACCACUGCUCAGUCAGGGUCUGGCGAAAUCCUGUUUGAUGUCAGAGCUAUCCUCUGAGAGGAUCAUUUUAAAGACUUUGUAUAUAGCUGAUGACUAUCAGUGACUAAUGGAGGCCUUUAUGCGACAGUCAGCAGAGUACAGAUCUGUAGAGAUUGGGUCUGGAGAUUUGACACAAGUCCCAUAUGACACCUUGCAUUGUAACUCUAGAAUGCCUAGUAGAAUGGAUUUCAGGGAUCUUCUGUUAUCUCUGACCUAUUUAUUAUGUAAAUGGUUAUUAUUUUAAUUGUGAGGUUGGAAAUAAGAGUUUAACACGAAAAAAACCAUGCACAUGCAUGUAACAUGAGUGAGUAUAUCACUCUUCAUAAUAUGUACUGUAGCAUUUUAUGCCAAUUCAAGUGGUUAUUUCAUCUGUUACAUCAUGUAGCUGUUUGUGUAGGAAUAAAUAUGUGUAUAAGUGACUUUUGUUUAGCAUACUUUGUCAGCAAUGCCUGUAAUAAUUUUAAUUAUUUAGAAAAUGGAACUACAAAGAAAACUGCAUUUUUAAAGUAGAUAAAUGUUGGCCACAUUUCAUGUUGCUGUAAUAUGAAUGGGCUGGCGUAAUGUUCAGAAGGUACCAGUUUUGUAACAUGUUGGCAUUGUUAUGAUCUUGUCAGAUGCACAUCCCAGUGGCAUGUUACUUUCGUAUCGUUCAUACAUUCAUGUCAUUCAACGUGUAUGUAUAUUACUGAAAAAUAGACAAAAUUGUGGUACAUGUUGCAGUUUGCAUGAUAGAUGUAUGAUCUUCAAGCUGAAGACUGUUGCGCCUUGUUAUGAGCUACUAGUAUACAACCCUGGCCCAAAUCAGAGCUCAAAAUAGAACGUAAAUUGAGCUGUACAGCUCAGACACUCAUUACUAGAAACACACUAGAUAAAAGGGGUGUAAAGUCUUUAAAAAAUUACAUUAUGAAUACAUCAUGAAAAUGUAAGCAGCGGUGGCAUUGCUGUUAUAUGCACUUGCACACUUGCACAUAAGGUGUGCUGUCUUGUCAUGAAUGGGUUGUUGUUUAGGUUGGAUUAGUGUGCCAUCACGUGGGAGUUCUGCGUUGCCCUCGAUGUUGACCAUUAACUCAUGUUCAAGUAGGUUGUCAUUCAUUGUGAAAGAACAUAAGAUCUUGUUCCAGGUUUCCUUUGUGAUAUUCCCAUAGACUGCUUUCCCGUAAAAGUGACCUUGCUUUACAUACACCAAGGCUUUGUCUGGCGGCUGCCCUGAGAUUCCUCAGGCUGUCAUUGAGAUCAGCUGCUGAUGUAGUGAGACUGUAAGAUCUGAAUGCGAUCAGCAUAAAUACUGUCUGUAGUUCCUGCCCUGGCGUUACCCUGUUGCCUGCCAUUGCAUUACUGGGAAUUCCUGUUUGUGCUGUGUAAGUUGUAUGUUGUAUAAUAUAGGCUGUUCUCGGUAGACCUGGUGAGGAGCACUGAGUGUUCGGUACCAGGGCCUCGGCUCAACCGCCAGAGCUUAGACAUGUUAGAUACAUGAUCAUGUACAGGGGUAGGAUGGAUACACUGGGUGACUACCCAAGUCACUUACAUCCCCCUCACAAGCACUUAUGUAACAAUUCCAUGUCAAGUCAAAACCCUCUGCUUCAUACUCUCUGUAUGCUAGGCCAGCUUUGUACUUGGAUUGUGUGACAUAUACACAUAAUAUUUACUCUGCUUGUGUAGGCAGCUUGAGAGAGUAGUUAACCUUAGACCAAGCCAACUGUCCCAAGAAAAGCUGCAUGUGUAAUAAUUAACAUUCAGUCAGAAAUCUAUGUCCACAAGUUAUUUUUAAUACACCUGUAUGUUUGUGUGUGCAAUAAUACAUCAUCGGUGCAUUGUGUAGGACACAAACGAUAUUCUGUACAGAAUCAAAGACAUACCGGUUGCUUGAGUGCAUGUUUUUUCAGUGUCGCUCAGAGAAAAGGAUUUUCCUAUAAACAGUUAGAUACCAUUGCAACAUAUGUAAAACCUAUGUUUAGUACGAGAGUGACUAAAUAUGGCUAAAUAUGGUGUGCACAGGCUAUUUCAAACUUACUAGUAAUAUGAGAUUUAACAUAUAUUGAAAUUUAGGAUAAAGCCUACAACAGCAAGACUUUUUGUUUUACUUUUUCAAUUGCCAUGAAACCUUGGGUCAACAAUAUAGGACAAAAUCAGUAGCACCAUUCACAUAGUCAUGUUUUAUAAACUAUAUUUGUGAUCAUUUUUGCAAAAAUUUUAUUAGCUUUAAUGGGCAUCCCUUGAAGUGUAUUUAACAGUAAAAUGUGUACAUUUUAGCUACAUGUGCAGUUGUUCUCUAAAAUUUUGGAGUAAUUCAUCAUGAACAGUCAGACCCAAAUUAUUCACCUAUAUUCAGUUCAAACCUUGUAAUUAUGCUGGAUUGUAGGUCAUGUAGACUGUACUUUGGAAUGUUUUUAAAUUGGAAUCAGAUUUGAUUUCUUGGGAACUAAAUCUGUCCUGAAGUUAAGCGGUUAUUUAAUUUCCCUUGCAGUACAGUGUGUCAAUUGGUCAAUAUUCCCUCAUUGCAAUAAUUAUGCUGUUUAAUCUGCAUGUUACUAACGUAAUUUCCUUCCUGUAAUAUAACGAUUUUAUCUCUUGUAGGUGCUGUGAUUUACUUGUUCUCAAUCUUAUGUCUGGGAAGGUUGUUGUACAGGGGAAUUUUUUUUAAAGUGUUGUUCGUUUAUUAAACUCUGUAAAAAGACCAUUAGUGUAAAUAUUAAAUUAACUUGUACAUUGUAUUCCAGAUAUUGUUUAUUUACUGUUGAUCAGCAUCAUAUAUUGUAAGUCUUGAACCUAUUUUACAGUGUAUUUAUAUACCAGGAAAUUGGGGAGUGUUGUAUGAUAUCAAUCUAGAGCACAUGUGAAAGA